AUGGGUAUGCUACAUACCCUUGAGCUGGAAAAUUUCAAAAGUUAUAAAGGAAAGCAAAUUGUGGGACCAUUUAAGAAAUUUACUGCAAUUAUCGGUCCAAAUGGGUCAGGAAAAUCGAAUUUGAUGGAUGCAAUAUGUUUUGUUCUUGGUGAAAAAGCUACAAGUCUUCGAGUAAAAAAGCUUUCGGAUUUAAUUCAUGGUGCUCCUGUUGGAAAACCAGUUGCUGCGAAGUGCUCUGUUACCAUGGCGUACGAACAUGAUAAUGGUAAGAGGACUCUCUUCACUCGAAUUGUAACAAAUAGAGCUGGUAAUGAAUAUAGAAUAGAUGAUAAAAGUGUCACUGUUCAACAAUAUAAUAGCGAAAUGGAAAGCAUUCAAAUUUUUAUCAAAGCCAAGAACUUUUUAGUAUAUCAGGGAGCGAUUGAGUCGGUUGCGAUGAAAAAUCCCAAAGAGAGGACAGCACUUUUUGAAGAAAUAUCAAGAUCUUGUGAAUUCGCAGCUGAGUAUGAGCGUUUGAAAGCUGAAAUGCUGAAGGCGGAAGACGAUGCUCAUCAUAACAUGGACAAAAGACGUGGUAUAGCGCAGGAAAAGAGAGUUGCGAAAUUGGAAAGGGACGAGGCAGAGAAAUAUCAGAACAUGAAAGACGAGCUGACAGCGAAGCAAAAGCUUUUAUUUUUGUUAGAACUGUUUCAUUGUGAAAGGUUAGCAGCUGAUGCGAAAAAUGAGCUUGAAGAGCGCCGGGAAAGAGUUCAAGAAUUUGAAUCUAAAAAGGGCGAGACCGACGAUCAAGUAACAGUUAGGCAGAAAGCCUUGAAGAAAGCGCAGAGAGAUCAUCAAAAGUUAGAGAGGGACGUGGCGGAAAAGGAAAGAGAAAUAACUGUGCAACGACCACUUUUCGUGCAAGCCAAACAAGAAGUUCUCCAUGUAAAAAAUAAGUUGGAAACUGCCCAAAAGUCCCAAGUAGCUGCUCAGAAAAUGGCUCAGAAGAACGAUGAGCAACUGAAUGCAUUAGCUCAGCAGGCAAAAGAACUCGAAAAGAAGAAGACAGAUUGCGAAUCAGAGUUGAACACGCAGAGUCUUGAAUUAGAUCUCAAUCUCAGCGAAGAACAGCUGAACACUUAUGUUGCUUUGAAAACUGAAGCAGGAAAGCGUUCUGGUAUUAUGGAUAGAAAGUUGAAUCAUCUUAUGCAAGAAUAUGAAACUGAUAAAAGUGCUAUGGCUAAUGAACAAAGACGAGCUGUAACAAUUCAAGAAAAAAUAAAAACUAAGGAACAAGAAAAAGAGCGUUGCAAAAGACAGAUUGAACAUCUCCUUGAGACCAGUGAGCAACAGAAAUCCUUGCUGAAAGAUGAAAACACUAACUUGGUUCAUACAGAGCGUCAAGUGAAGGAUAGUAAGGAGCAACUGGAAAAGGUCACCACCGAAUUGGACGAUGUAUCCAAACAACUUUCUGAUGCUUCGGGUGAUACAGCCGAAAGUGAAAGGGUUCGCAGACGAAACGAAGCAAUCGACAACUUGAAAAGAGUUUUUCCUGAUAAGGUUUAUGGCCGUUUGGUAGAUCUAUGUCAACCAUCACAUAAAAGGUUUCAAUUGGCUGUUACCAAGGUUUUGCAAAAAAACAUGAUGAGCAUAGUUUGUGACACCGAAGAAACGGCUAGAGAAGCUAUUGCUUAUCUCAAGGAGCAACGUUACCCACCUGAGACCUUUCUACCGUCAAAAGGAAUCGAGGUCCAGCCUAUCAAUGAGAAACUACGUGAGAUUCAAAACCCGAAAGGAGUGAAGCUUGUCUACGAUGUUAUUCAAUGUAAUAAUUCUGCUGCACGGAAAGCUUUACAAUUUGCUUGUGGAAAUGCUCUGAUUUGUGAAAAUGCCGAUGAUGCUAAGUUUCUUGCUUACGGUCGUGCUGGAGAUAGGCACAAAUCUGUAGCUCUCGAUGGUACGAUGUAUCAACAGAACGGAAUUAUAUCUGGAGGAGCAGCCGAAUUGAAGCAAAAAGCUAAAAAAUGGGACGAGAAUGCUAUAAGACGAUUACGCGAACGUCGCAAUGUUCUUCAAGAUGAAUGUAAUACUCUGCAUCGUACUCGCAGAAAGGAGUUAGAUGUAGAAAUGUUGAGAAACAAAAUAUGCUCAAUCGAAUCUCGAUUGAAGAACACGCAAAAGGAAAGAGAACGUCUCGAGCAUGAGGCAUUGCAACAAAUCGCGAAUGAGUUAGAGGUUCUUCAAUGCGAGUUAUCAAAUGUUCAGCCCAGAAUAAAUGAGAUUGAAUCUAAAAUGAGACUACGUGAGAGAGAUAUUAAAGCUAUGCAAGAGCAGAGUUAUGCUUGUGCAGAUGAAGUGUUUGCGUCGUUCUGUCAGAACAUAGGAAUCAAUAAUAUUCGGGAGUACGAGGAGAAAGAGCUGAGGUUCCAUCAGGAAAGAAAAGACAAGUUGAGCGAGUUUGAUAACGAACUCGAUCGUGUUCGCAAUGAAAUUGAGUACCUUCGGUCCGAAGACAAAAACAGAAAGGCCACUCAGGAGAUUGAUAAAGUCAAGAAAUUAGAAAAAGAUUUGGAGCAACUUAAAAAGAAAGAAGCUAAAGAGGAAAAAGUUUUGUCCAAGUUGGAAAAGGAGUCGGAGGAUCUUAAGCAAAAAUCAAGCGGUCAAAAAACUAAUUUAGAAGCUUUAGAAGCUGAGUUAACUAUAGCCAAGAAAGAGGCACAGCUUGCUCAUCGAGAAGUGAGUACCGCCGAAAAAGCGGUUUUAGCAUCCGAAUCGGUCAUAGGAAGAAAAUUAUCUGAACGACAUCAGCUUCUUCAUUCUGCCAAAAUAAACCAAGUUCAGCUACCCCUCCUAGCCGGAAGUUUAGCAGAAGUUGAUGCUGAUGAUGAAGAUGAGGAUGGUUCACAGCCAACAUCCACAGCUACUAUUUCCCAAGAGCAAAUCGAUAGAGAAGCUAGGAUCAAAAUUAAUUAUAGAACCCUUAGUGAUGAAUUGAAAAAUAUUGAAGAUGAAGAUGAAGUAAGAAAGCAAGUUGAGAAGUUCAAUCAAGAUAUUGCUGAAUCGCAAGCUGUUAUCUCUCGUUUGAGCGCUCCUAAUAUGAGAGCAAAUCAGAGAAUGGAGGAAGUGAGGGAAAGAGAAGCGGAAACUUCUGAAGAAUGUGAAGCUGCCCGUAGAAAAGCUAGACGCUUGAGGCAAAUGUUUGAAAAGGUGAAAACGGAUCGUUAUCGCCGCUUCCAAGAAUGCUUCGAACCUGUCACUCAAAAGAUAGAUGAGAUUUAUAAGGCUCUGUCCCGAAAUGCCAGUGCGCAAGCCUUCUUAGGUGCCGAUAACAUGGAAGAGCCGUAUUUAGAAGGAAUACAGUAUAACUGCGUUGCUCCCGGAAAGAGAUUCCGACCGAUGGACAAUCUAUCCGGAGGAGAGAAAACUGUUGCUGCUCUAGCUCUUCUGUUCGCUAUACAUGGAAGAAAUCCAGCUCCUUUCUUCGUGUUGGAUGAGAUCGACGCCGCUUUAGAUAACACCAAUAUAGGAAAGGUAGCCUCAUUCAUUUACGAUCACGCCAAAGAUACUAUGCAAGUAAUUGUUAUUUCACUUAAAGAAGAGUUCUAUAAUAAGGCGGAUGCUUUAAUUGGGGUAUAUCCUCAUCCCUCCAAUUGUACAGUUUCUGGGGUUUUGUCCUUUGAUCUCACACCUUUCAAGCAGACUGGUUUGAACGAAUCAUCCAUCGAUGUCAGCUUCUCAGCAACUUAA